UUCUGUUGAAGUUUAUUUUCGUGAGUCUACAUGAAAUAAAACAUGUAUUUUUGCGAUCGAUGGUGGCGUUUGAGGAAUACAAAACUUCGAAUAAUGGACGAAGAAAGAAAACUCAACUGAUGUUCCGACGUCAGCAGCUGAUGUCUAGCAGUGGUCUACCGAUUUUUCGCCAGUUUUUCAAUGUUAUGUGAAAAACGACACUCUCUCUGCCACUUUCUCAAACGCUUCGAGCGAAAAUGAAGAAGGAAAGUCGACUAUCGGGCAUUGGAAAUGAUCAUGACGCGAGUUUUUAGGAAAACUAGAGUAAUAUGCAGGCAGAUGGUUCAUUGGCUGGCCAGGUUAUUGGACCCUGGUACUCAUAAACUGAAACAAUCGAUAGACACAGGCAAAGAGUCUGACGUAACCAACGUGGUGUCGUCUUACAGUGCAUCAUCUGAGGGCAAACAACACGAGAACAAAAGGACACAAUGGCGGCAGUGGCUAGCAUGUAUUUCCGCAACCCUGUCCAUGGUGGCAGUGGGCACAGUUUAUGGAUGGACGACGACUUCUCUCUCUCGAUUGACAUCCGGGGACAGCGAUAUGCCACUAAAAUUAACGGACGACGAAGUUUCAUGGAUCGUUUCCUUGACAGUGAUUGGUUCCAUGAUCGGCCCAUUUCUAGGUGCCUGUUUGUCCGACCGGUUCGGUCGCAAACGCUGCCUUCUGUUAUCCAGCGGGUUCUACGUUGUGGGCUGGCUCAUCGUGUUAUUCGCGAGCACCGUAGUGGCGCUGUAUAUCGCUCGAGUAGUCCUCGGUAUAGGCGUAGGUAUUUCCUACACCACGAAUCCCAUGUAUGUCUCUGAAGUGGCUGAUAUCAACAUUAGAGGCGCCUUAGGUACUUUAAUAGCGGUCAACGUAUUUACUGGAUCAUUAUUGACCUGUAGCAUAGGUCCUUGGGUAUCUUACAAAGUACUCGCGUCGAUUCUUCUUGCGAUACCCAUCUUAUUCACGGCGUCGUUUGUCUGGUUUCCCGAAAGUCCAUAUUUCUUGGUGGCGAGAGGACGCAAAACCGAAGCCAGCAAGUCACUGGCAUUUUUCAAAGGCAUUCGUGACCCCAACGAAGUGAAAAAGGAGCUUUCUUUAAUCAUACGAGGGCUGUCCAGGAAUGACUCACAUAAGUCUCACGUAUCGUCAAGUCCAAGUCAAAGCAUGGAGAUAAUUAAGCACAGCUGGUUGGCCAAACUGAGAAUGUUGUUAUUGCCAAAUAAUGCGAGAGCACUGUGCAUCGUGGUUGGAUUAAUCGCAGCCCAACAAUUGAGUGGGAACUUCAGCACUAUGCAGUACAUGGAGGUGUUGUUUAAAAAGGCAGCAGUCGGUAUUGAUUCAAACUUGGCAACUAUCUUAGUUUUGGCUGUUGGUCUCAUAUCCGGCAGUCUGGCCACUGCAACGGUAGAAGGAGCAGGAAGGCGACCACUUUUGAUGAUUUCUACGUUUGGAUCGUGCUUUACUUUACUCAUUUUGGCCAUUUACCUUAUGCUCGAUAAUAGAGGGAUUGACGUUACCGUGGUUAAUAUUCUACCAGUUAUCGACGUGAUUGUAUUCCAGGUAGCGUAUCAGAUAGGCCUAGGCACGUUACCUAACGCUCUCAUUGGCGAAUUAUUCCCGACAGAAGUGAAAGGUGUCGCUGGUGCCAUCGUUACGAUUUUUGACGGUGUACUUGGUUUCAUCGUGUCGAAACUGUAUCAGGUUAUUGGCGACAGUCUUGGGGCUUAUACGGUUUACUAUUACUUCUCGGCAUCUUGUUUCUUGGCGUUUUUAAUGGUACUCGUAUUUGUACCGGAAACAAAAGGCAGGACAAACCGCGAAAUUCAAAUGCUUCUAGCUGGUGAGAAACGAAAUAGCUCGAACGAAGAAACCAGAAACAAUGAAAAUAAUUUUGUAUGACACGAGGGUUUGCACCGUAAAUAUGAAACACGGUGCCCACCUUCAUGGAACUUGAUAUUUCUUGUUGAAGAUAUUAUAGAUGUUAUUUUAACGACAUGGAUCUCUAAUUUUGCCAACACACUUAAUUUUUAUAGAAGUAUAAUUUUACCAGUUUAUAUGUGUAGUUACAGAAAGGUUUCUUACAAAGGCCAUAGUCACUUAUCGAUAUAUGUAUAUUGUAAAUUCAUAUGUA